AUGUCUGCCAAGGUAUAGAUAGAUGACAACUAGAGCUUACAAUAUCUUGCUAAUAAAACUACAUAAUAGAUAAUAUCUUUUAAAUAUUCAUUGAGUAUGUAGAUCAAAAUUUUCCAGAAAUCUCGUGAAAUGUUCAACGAGUCGCUUCGGAAAGUGAACGAGCAGCAACCGCCGACUAUAAUGGAAGAAGUCAAGCGACUUUUAUCCUAGUCCAAUCACUUUUCGGUUUUUACAGGACGAGACGCCGCGACGGGUCAAUCGACCGCCAGAUCUGCAGGGUUUUUCAAUAUUGGAUGAGCGUUGGCGAAGUAGUUCCGACGAUUCGGACGAUUCGCUUCCGGUGGGGAGUUACAUAAGCACGAGUGAGUGGGAUGCACGAUUAGCCAAAUUUGAGAAGAGGCCCCGGAGCACGUUGUCAUCCUUUUUUGCAGCGCUUGACCAAAACCGGUCGGUGUUAAGGCUUGGCAUAAGCAGUCGGGCACACAAAAUAUCUCAAGUGUUUUUGUUGUUAUUUGUUGUGAUAUGACACGUGUCGUCAUAGGAUUUUGUGUCGAGUAAUGAAAAGAUUCGUUUGAUUUCUAUCAUCAACUGAACUUAUCCACCUCUUCACUUCCCACGCUCUUCUUUCGUCUUUUUUAACCUCUACGCCCCCUAUUCUAAAACAUGUUUUCUUUUUCUUUUCUCUUUUCCUUUUUUUUGAUUUCUGUUCAGCCACAAUCAAGUCAAAACAUCCUAUGCUGACUUAUUCUAAAAUCCCUCUGUUCCUUUAAUUUUCGAAAAUGUUUCGACAGUCCACUUAAUACGCAUGUGGGUGGCUAGCAAACAAUAAUGAUGUCGGCCGUCUGAACUUUUGACUAUUGCGAUGAUGAGUUCGUUGUUGUUUUCGGUGCAUUCGGACAUGCGACUGUGUGGGCAAACAUGUUCACACUCGGUCGACAAGAAAUACUGAAAAGCUUCUCGGAAAAAUGAUAUCACUUUUUUGGCUCUAUGAAACGUUUUGAGUUCAUCGCGACAAAAAGUACUUUCUUCGUUCCUUUCGGUCAAAGAUUCAAUUGUUUUGUUUGUUUGCCAAACUUUUACGGCUUUUCUUCUUCUGCGGGGUGUGUAACGGGGGAGAAAGAGGUGUUUGUUGUAUGUGAAGUGAGUGGAAACGAGGAACGGACGAAGAAGAAGAAGGAGGAGGAGGAGGAGGAGGUGUCGCAUAGGAGAAUCGAAAUGUUUCUAUUCCUAUCAAGUUUCUCUGACUUUAAUGAACUGUUCUUCAGUUAUCUGCAGAUUUGUAGUGGUCAAACCUCUACGGCCAGCUUUUCUAAUUAAAAUUUCAAUACAAAUGUUUUCCAAAGUCGUGACUUUUUGUAAUUGUGAGUUAGGAAUUCACGUCAUCUGGCUUGUACUAGCUUGAACUUCAAGGAAAACAGCAAUUUUCCGACUAACAAUCUGACAAAUCCACUUUUUUGACAAAAAAUUUUCAAAAAUAUUGAACCCUGGGUCAGACGAUUUUUUGAUUUUUGACAAGUCUGGUUAUCUCUAGAGACAGACGCUGACAAAGGAGUUGGUAGUCAUUUCUGUUCUGUACCCUCCUCGUGACCAUCAAAAUAAAUGAGAACAUUCCUUCUCUUGUCCUUCUUAUAACUUUUAAUCUUUCACUUUUAACAUCAAUGCAUCCGUGUUAAGAGGCAAUGUCUGAGAAGUUCAAAAACUGCAGGUCACUAAAAAUUCAGAAUGCUUCAAUUUGUCUAAUAUUAUACCCAAUGGGUACUUACAUAACAGUGAUACAUCAGACAAGUUUUGGUCCGGCUCCGUGGUCACUAGUCCGAUCACGGUCACAAAAUAGGUCAAACCUGUAACUAAUUUCAAAAAAAUGCUAGCGUCUCAGACUCAAGGCCAUUCGAUUUCUCGCAUCUUUUUAAGCAUUUUUCAUGUUGGCACCAAAAAUUUAUCACCUUUCCUUCAUGGAGAAAUUUCGGAUUUUUCGUGGAAAAGUUGAGUUGUUCUGCAGUUUUCCUCCGUGGUGAAAAUUUUUUGCACUUUGUAGCCACGAUUUUAUUUCAAAUUCAUAAUCUACGGACAAUUUUACGUCGAUAUACCAUACUGUCGCACAUUUGCCGAUUGACAUCAAAGGAGUUUUUUUCAAAAGUUUGAUCCGGUCUCAAAAAAAAGUUUCUGUUCUGCUUUUGGAAAACUUACAGAAACAAGGGAAUUCCUGUUUAUAGACGUUUUUUUAUGCUAAAAAAACUGUAAUUCUGUUAUGUAUUCGUCAUAUACAGCUUUGUAAACGUAGCGAUUAAAACAUGUUGAAAUUUUUUUGUCAGCCGUAUAGAUUUUUUUCGAGAUGUGUUCGCUUUUUACCCAAUAUUUUAUGCUUUCUCUCGUUUUUUUAUUUUUUUCAAUGUUCAUCUAACUUUUUGUGAAGCAUUUAUUUGGUCGUUCUCCGAUUAAUUCAAGAACGGUAGGAAGUACAUACACAAGGGGCAACACUCAACAACAAAAGUACAUGAGAAAAACCUAAAACAGGAAAGUUAUAAAGCGUCUUUUCUUCACAUUUCAGUUUCUUCCAUAGCAAAAAUUGGAUCACUGGAUUCCAUCAGUGCGUAAUAAAAAGAAUCAUCGAUAGUCCAAGUGCUUUCAAGUUUCAAAUAUCGGAUCACUCCAGCAUCGUCAUGCUCUUCCUCUGGAAUAGUAUAGUCUUCCUUCCACGAUUCAUCCUUCAUUUCUUGAGCGCGUUGCGAUCGUGCUGCUUUUGAUUGCCUUUUCGCUGCUUCACGGGAGAAGAAACCGGCAAUCUGCCGGAAGGGUUUCCUUUGAUCCACUGAAAACCGCCCAUCCGCCCUCCAAUUCCGUCUUCUCGUUCGUUUCCUUCAGUUUUUUCACAGCAUCCGAAAUUAUUGGGCAACUUUUUGACCACUUCUUCCAAACCACGAAUAAAAUAUUUCAAUGAAAAAUCAAGAAGUGUCUGCCGUUCAGGUCGAAUUAUAUGUUGUCCACGUUCAACAUGCUUGACCACGCUUGAAUAUCUCAAAAAUGUAGCUGAGCAUCAUUCCUCUGGGCAUGUAAAUAUCUUUUCCAAAGCGUCUUCGUACGGCGGUCUCACUUCAUCGCUUUCCACUUCAUUUUCAUCUUCUUCUUCAAUGCAAGCAGUGUUUUGAGAAUCAGUUGACUUAGUACAUUCCGAAAAGUACCAAAACUUGGUCUGCUUUUGCGACAGUACAGCAUUUCGUUCUUCAUUAAUAGACCCAAUUACAGUUGAAGUGUAUCCGGCAUGUUCGAACUCAUAUGUUCCAGUCAAUGACUUCAAAUUACUUGACGGAACAAAUUGACCAUUGCAAGAGCAACUGUACAAUCAGGAAAACAAUGAGUUUCAUUAUAAUCUGUAAUAUUGACCAUCUAAUAAUAUCAGAAGUUUGAAAAUAGUAAGAAGAAUAGCUACACAAAAUUUGCUUUGUGCUUUUAUAUCUAUUUGAUGUACUUUUGUUGUUGAGUGUUGCCCCAUGUGUAUUAUAGGGGCACCGGACAGAAAGGGCGCGCUGUUCGCAAUCUGGCCGAAUUUCUAGGCCGCGAAGUAAUUUUCCACUGAAAAUGUGGCCUAACUUUUCAAACUCGGCCCCGAGGUCGCUCAAUUUGCACUGCAAAAAGAGUUUCUCAACAGAGCGCCAUUUCUGUGCGGUGCGCCUAUCAUAUGUACUUCUUGUUUACCGUUCUUGAAUUAAUCGGAGAACGACCAAAUAAAUGCUUCACAAAAAGUUAGAUGAACAUUGAAAAAUAAAAACGAGAGAAAGCAUAAAAUAUUGGGUAAAAGCGAACACAUCUCGAAAAAUCUAUACGGCUGACAAAAAAUUUCAACAUGUUUUAAUCGCUACGUUUACAAAGCUGUAUAUGACGAAUACAUAACAGAAUUACAGUUUUUAGCAUAAAAAACGUCUAUAAACAGGAAUUCCCUUGUUUCUGUAAGUUUUCCAAAAGCAGAACAGAAACUUUUUUUUGAGACCGGAUCAAACUUUUGAAAAAAACUCCUUUGAUGUCAAUCGGCAAAUGUGCGACAGUAUGGUAUAUCGACGUAAAAUUGUCCGUAGAUUAUGAAUUUGAAAUAAAAUCGUGGCUACGAAGUGCAAAAAAUUUUCACCACGGAGGAAAACUGCAGAACAACUCAACUUUUCCACGAAAAAUCCGAAAUUUCUCCAUGAAGGAAAGGUGAUAAAUUUUUGGUGCCAACAUGAAAAAUGCUUAAAAAGAUGCGAGAAAUCGAAUGGCCUUGAGUCUGAGACGCUAGCAUUUUUUUGAAAUUAGUUACAGGUUUGACCUAUUUUGUGACCGUGAUCGGACUAGUGACCACGGAGCCGGACCAAAACUUGUCUGAUGUAUCACUGUUAUGUAAGUACCCAUUGGGUAUGAUAUUAGACAAAUUGAAGCAUUCUGAAUUUUUAGUGACCUGGUGUAAUUAGCGAAUUUCGAGAUUCUCAGACAUUGCCUCUUAAAAGCGAAGAAAAUGGCAAAGUCCAAACGAUAAAUCACCGUGCCCCUCCUGACGAACUACAUGACGAAAGAGCGAGAGCUCACUCAAUUAAAUCGUCAAUCAAGAAGAGAAGAAGGUCCCGACGCCUGCCGUCUUUCCUGGGCAAAAAGAGGAAACGGAAGGUCUUACCGAACAGAACAGAACAGCACAAAACAGAACAUCUGCUGAGAUUUCUUUGAAGCGCUCAAAAUUUAUCAAAAUGCUUGUCCGUCGAGACCUCAUUCUUUGAAACGACCACUCGGGCUGGCUGCAGAUGCAGAGAUGGGUAAAAUCAAAAAAGUUGCGUUGUUUUAUGUUUCUCCUCGCUCAGUUUCAUUUGUUCCAUUCGUUUCCUUCCGUUUCUCCAACACCUACCUUCCUAUUAUUAUUGUUUUCUUUUCUCACUUUGCUGUUUGUUUCUUUUGACACAGAAGAAACAAACAAUGCGACCGGUUUGGUUAAAAAUUUAACAAAGACAACAAAAAAAACGUUACUAUUCAGCUGAAUUUGUACUAUUUGUUAUCAAUCUCAGUCUGAAGUGAGAAUCCACAAAUACGCUUGCUUUACGAUUUUUGUUGUUGCUUUUUCGUAGGGAAUGUGUAAAGAUUGCAUGUGAAUCACGGCAAUAUGUUCUUUAAAGAUUUUUUCUCUCCAAUUCCAUUCAAUUCCGCCUGAUAUUGCAAUACAUUCUCUGAAACUUUCGAAAGAGUUGAAAGUAUAAUAAGACGCUGAGGUCCACUUGAACGCCAGUCAGCCGCCCGCUCUGCUUUGUUUUCUCGAGCCGAUUAAAAACUAUCACAAGUUUAACUUUGUGGAAAACAGCUGAUAAGAGGUGCGGCGCUCUCUCGCACAAAAUUAAUGAGCCAUUCGACAGAGUUUUUCUUCCCUCCACCUUUUCUCGCUUUCCCCCUCAACCCCUCGACCGCUCAUUAUUGUGGUCGGGUGUGACGAAGGAGGUUUCCCCUCGCUUUCCAUGCUCUGUACUUUCUAGCGUCGACGCCAGGCCGAUUCUGCAAGUCUGUCGAUUUUCGGCCACUUCGUCGAGAAACGCCGCCCGUCGAGAACACGUGCAGUACACUUCCAAGCACUCCCGUCAACAAAAAUCCACCGACGAUGGCGACCGGUGGAUCCCGCUUCAAGGUGAGCCUACGUUUCCAAACUUUCUCAAUUUUCGUAAUAGAAAUGUAGCGAGAGUCUAGUCUAGAAUAGGAAGAGUGAAGUAAAAAUUGUCAAAAUGUUGUUCAAUGCAGAGUGAGAGAAACUUGCUGAUAACUGAUCGGAAAAUGAAAAUGAAAAGUUUUGAAGAUGAUUCACCAGUAAAGGUAAUAUUUCCACAACUAGUUCUUUGAUAGUUUCACAUGUUUUCCCCUGAAUAAUCAGUUUUUCUAACAACUUUACCCGCAGUGCAUUCAAAAAUCUCUAACGCUUUGAAGGUCUGUAAAAAGUUGUUAAAUUUCAGGUCGUGCCUGUGGAAACACGGUAUAAACGCGAUAGGUGGACUUGUGUAGAUUAUUAUGAUUCUCUCAGGGACCCGUACUUCAGUCCCGGAAAGAACGUCGUUUCCAAGCCGGCAGCCGUCAUUAAAAGUAUGCCAGCAACAUUUCAACGAAGAAAAUAUUGAAUGAGAAGCGUGUAUCAUGUUUUUUAACUUUCAGAAGAAGAAAUUGUGAACAGAAGUAGCCGUUCCUUGUCGGACAUUCACCCCUCCUCUUCACCGAUUGUCUCUCAGAUCCCAGUGGCUCAACCGCCAAAACCAAUGGCUCCGUUUAUUACCGCGAAUCCAAGACCCGUUUUUACGAUUCCAAAGGCAAGUUAGCACAUACAUUCUCAAAAUUGCACAGUGAUCGUGACGCUCUAUCAAAUUUUCAUUUGUUUCAUGUGAUAAGGCGAAUUAAAAGUCGUCGGCGAAAGAAUGCUCAAUAGUUGGUUGGUUGGAAAAGAGCGAAAAGAAAGCACUUUCCCGUUUCCGUGUGACCGAGUGUGUAUCUAUAUUGUGUAACCUUUUGUCGUUUGACAGAAAGAGAGUGAAAGUGAGAGAAAGAGAGCACAAUUUGUACGUACGUGUCUUUUUGAUUUAUCAGUAAUUUACAAGAAUUUCGAAAAGGGUGCUCUCGAUUUCAUUUUUCAUCUCCUCUCAUCAAACGCAAACACGGGAUGCUGAGUGUGCGUGUAUUUGCCAAAACGAUUUGACGUUCCGAAAGGAACGCUACAAGAGACAUGAGGAUUUCGAUGACUUUUUCCAUCAAACUGAAACCAUUGAACAAUUUCGCAACACUUUUAGGUUACUGUGAACGUGUCAUGUAAACAAGUAAUAUAUCAAAGACACAUGGUCAGUUCAGUUCAGCACUAGGCAAAGGAGAGAAAUGUGUUCUUUAGUUUCCUGCUCUUUAUCCGAUCAAGUGACAACACGUGAACGUGAAGAAUGAUGGCAUGUCCCCGACUUUACGACAAAAAUAAAAAUAACAGCGACUAUACAUUUUCACGUGACAUCUUCAAAAACUGAGAUGUACCCGUGUGAGAAUCGGAUAAUCUAAGAAAAGUGUCUGUCCCUAGUGUCCCGCAAGACUGUAGACCAGGUCUGAGUUGCGAGACAGAGCGUGAUGAUUGUGUAAAUAUGUACGUGUGAUCAGGAAAUGGUUUGUAACACAGACGUCGGAGUCGGAGACAAAAUAAACAAAAUCUUCCUUCCUUUCUUUAUGCCUCCUCAAGCUUUUGCCGUCAAGAUCCCCCGGAAAGGAAAAGUUCCAAUCUGCUCACCAAAUAUAGCCACCCCCUCGAAUCCGCUCACAUGCCCUUUUCGAUCGGUCGCUGAUCCAACAAAUAUGCUGGCUGGCAGUCGGGUGGCUCCAGAUGUCUAUGUACAUAUGCGCCCGUCACAACAGAUGUGUGUGUGUAUAUUUGAAAUCGCUUCACUUUGGCAUGGCACGCGUGGGGGGCACGUGGAACAGAAUAAAUAGAAAUCGAAAAGUUUGUGGCAUGGUGUAUCUAACUUGAUUCGGGCGUGAAAAAUGAAAAAUGACCCACGCGUAUCAGUGUCUAAAAGCGGCAACAACAUUUGUCAUAAAACGAAGUCCUAUUUUUGAAAAACUGGUGGUGAGGGGAAAAGAUAAAGAAGAAGAGGAAGAAGAAGAAUAAGAUGAUGGAAGACGGCUGACCACAUGAUAAAUAGAUAAAUUCCAUCUGACCAAAGUGUCUGGGGACUAUCGUUGGUGAAAAUCUGAAUUUCUCUUAACAGUACUGAGACAUGUGAGGAAAAUACCUCUUUAUUCGUAGGAAAGAGAGAGAAUAUUUGGACCCGGUUUGUGAUUAACUAAGGGAUCUUCAUCUUCUUGAAGACAAAUUGUUUUCGCUAAAUAUAGUGGUCACUGCAGGCCGCGCCGACUGCCCAAAUCAAGACGUCUACCGUAGUCCAGCCAGCGGCCAACGGACAAAGUAUGGAACUUAAAAGUUAGAGUAAUCCACCAAGCCUCGUUUCAGUCAAAGUCAGCUCGGAAACUCAAAUCAAUGGUGUUGGUGAGCCGCGUAGAACCAAAAGGUAUGUGACUUUUGCGUUUAUUUUCAGGUUUUUGUCCAAUCGUAAGGAGUUUUGUCCAAGUAACACUUGUCCCAGUUUCCGACUAACCACUGUUUCAGAGCCCCACUUGUUAGAUCAAAAACUGUGUAGGUUCAAAGUUUCUAUAUUGUACUUCUAAGCAUGUCCGGUGUUUGGUCCUUUUGGAGUUGGAGUGACUCAGCUAGCUCCAUCGGGAUCAGAACCAUGUCUUUCCCAGCGUCUGAGAUCUUUCCUAACACGGUCAUCCCUAUUGCUUACCCCUAUGCCAACUUGUUUUCUCACUCCUCCCACAUUCCCCGCGGUCUAUCUUCUUUCGUUUUCUGUCAGUUGUCCGUUCGUUGGCGGCUCGCCAAGCCACGCCUCCACCUGAUCAGCAGAAAAAGUGGCUGACUCCCCCUCGCGUCUCGCCCUCCUCCCCUUCUCCUCGUCCCUGUCUCCCGCGCCUCCCAUAUCGUGUGUCUGUUUGUUUCGAACUCGAGACCAGCUAUCAGUCGACCACAUAAAAGCGGUCCAACACACUACUUACUAUACCUUCUCCCAAACCACUAUCACCACUCACUACUGUCUUCUUGCUGUGCUUCUCGCCCCUCCCUCUCGUUUCCCCUUUCUCUUUCCAUUCCACAAAAUCAUGUGGCAAUGUGCUGUCGUUGAAUGCAACCAUGUGCCUGUCUACUCGCCCCACUAUGGAAUUUCGCGCGGCUGCUCGCCAUCCUCCUCAUUCGGCUCAUGUUACAGUGUCGCCGCGAGUCCGCCGGCUAACAAUCUGAACAACAUUGAUAACAAGAUCGAGCAAGCAAUGGUGAGUGUUCUUCUUGUUUUUCGCAAAACCAAAAGAUACGUGUUGCGGGUUCAUACCGUAAUCGUACCCGUUGGUACCCGAAUUAGUGAACGUGUCGGUUGAACAAUAAAGGCCAAAAACCGAAAUGAAUGACUUUCGCUUGCCAGAAAUAGAAGAAGGGGAUAGAAGAUUCAAUGUGGCUGCCAAUAACUAGAUAAUAUACAAAUGAAUCUACUAAUGAUGGUCGUGUUUCAGGAUCUGGUCAAAACCCAUCUGAUGUUCGCCGUCCGAGAAGAAGUCGACGGUCUGAGAAGCAAGAUUUUCGACCUGGAGAAUCAUGUCAGGAGGUAAAGAGUGUCCCGUGACCUUCCGAUCACAUGCUUAUCAUUCGUUACAGAUUAGAGUCUGAGAAUGCGAUUUUGAAGCGAACAAUCCCCAAUGACACACUGAAACAACUCCAUCUGAAAUUGUGA